AUGCCAUUCAUCGAAAACCAGACCACAACGGCAGAACCCAUCGUCCCAGUGGACGUCAAGGGGAAAGAUGCCUUCCAUAAGCUAGUAGACGACCUCAGUGCCGUCCUUGGACCGUCGUCGGGCCUUGACUCCGACGACGUAGACCCCAAGGACAUCCAGAAGUUGAUGGAGGGAUACGUAUCGAACCACGAGGAGUGGCAGCGAUAUGCGUUGGCAGAUGAGUCCCGAGCCUAUACCAGAAACCUCGUAGAUGAGGGCAACGGCAAGAGUAACUUGGAAGACCAUCUAGCUAACAUGGCAAAAUUGAAUGCAGCUCAUCCUCGUCUGGAACCCGGAGUAUUGACCCUUUCUUUUUCUUUCCUUUCCCUUUGGGAGAGCAAAGCCGAAAGAGCAAAGCCAAACAAGAAAAGUGAUGGAGAAGAGAAAGGAGAGAGAGAGAGAGCAAAAGAGCCCACCAUCCUGCAUGGUUCGUUAAAAGAGCACAGAUACGACUGGCCAGAGCAGGACAAAAUCAACAACGGCGAAGCCUGCCCCCUGACAGUCACCAAGGAGACCAUCCUUCGGGAGAACGAAGUGGCAUACAUGUCCGAUAAGCGGAUGCUGGUUUGGUUUGCAAGGCUGACAUUGAAUAUCCAGCUUGGCCUGCAUAAGAUCUCAAACCCGGAUCCAAAUGACUUUGCCAUCUCUCUGCACUUGUAUACUCCUCCAAACGCAGCCCACUUUGGCUGUUCUCUGUUUGAUGAGAAGACAGGCAAGUCUCAUCACAUCAAGCAGUGUACCUUCUUCUCCAACCGGGGCUUGAAGCUGUAG